AUGGCGGCGCCCCCGGCCUCCGCCGCCGCUCCCCGCGCGGCCCCGCCGCCGGCCGCGGCCGGAGACGGGACGGACCGAACGGUGGCCAAGAGCGAGGACCGCAGCAGCGCCGAGGCCCUGGACCGGCUGCUCCCGCCCGUGGGCGCGGGGCGCGCACCGCGGAAGCGCACCACCAGCCAGUGCAGGUCCGAGCCGCCGCUGCUGCGCACCAGCAAGCGCACCAUCUACACGGCGGGCCGGCCGCCCUGGUACAACGAGCACGGCACCCAGUCCAAGGAGGCCUUCGUCAUCGGCCUGGGCGGCGGCAGUGCCUCUGGGAAGACCACGGUGGCCAGGAUGAUCAUCGAGGCCCUGGACGUGCCCUGGGUGGUCCUGCUGUCCAUGGACUCCUUCUACAAGGUGCUGACGCGGCAGCAGCAGGAGCAGGCUGCCCUCCACAACUAUGACUUCGACCACCCGGACGCCUUCGACUUCGGCCUCCUCGUGGCCACCCUGCAGAAGCUGAAGCAGGGCAAGAGCGCCAAGGUCCCCGUGUACGACUUCACCACCCACAGCCGCAAGAAGGACUGGAAGACGCUCUACGGUGCCAACGUCAUCAUCUUCGAGGGCAUCAUGGCCUUUGCUGACAAGACGCUGCUGGAGCUCCUGGACAUGAAGAUCUUCGUGGACACGGACUCGGACAUCCGGCUCGUGCGGCGGCUCCGCCGGGACAUCAGUGAGCGUGGCCGCGACAUUGCGGGUGUCAUCAAGCAGUACAACAAGUUCGUCAAGCCGGCCUUCGACCAGUACAUCCAGCCCACCAUGCGCCUGGCCGACAUCGUGGUGCCCCGAGGGAGCGGGAACACCGUGGCCAUUGACUUGAUCGUCCAGCACGUGCACAGCCAGCUGGAGGAGCGCGAGCUCAGUGUCAGGGCCGCGCUGGCCUCGGCCCACCAGUGCCACCCGCUGCCGCGGACGCUGAGUGUCCUCAAGAGCACGCCGCAGGUGCGGGGCAUGCACACCAUCAUCAGGGACAAGGAGACCAGCCGCGAUGAGUUCAUCUUCUACUCCAAGAGGCUGAUGCGACUGCUCAUCGAGCACGCGCUGUCCUUCCUGCCCUUCCAGGACUGCGUCGUGCAGACCCCGCAGGGGCAGGACUAUGCCGGCAAGUGCUACGCGGGGAAGCAGAUCACUGGCGUGUCCAUCCUGCGGGCGGGGGAGACCAUGGAGCCGGCGCUGCGGGCGGUGUGCAAGGACGUGCGCAUCGGCACCAUCCUCAUCCAGACCAACCAGCUCACCGGCGAGCCCGAGCUCCACUACCUGCGGCUGCCCAAGGACAUCAGCGACGACCACGUGAUCCUCAUGGACUGCACCGUGUCCACGGGCGCCGCCGCCAUGAUGGCUGUGCGCGUGCUGCUGGACCACGACGUGCCCGAAGACAAGAUCUUCCUGCUGUCGCUGCUCAUGGCGGAGAUGGGCGUUCACUCGGUGGCCUACGCGUUUCCCCGCGUGAGAAUCAUCACCACGGCCGUGGACAAGCGUGUCAAUGACCUGUUCCGCAUCAUCCCGGGCAUCGGGAACUUCGGUGACCGCUACUUUGGGACAGACGCCGUCCCCGAAGGCAGCGACGAGGAGGAAGUGGCCUCCACGGGUUAG